CGUUCUCCUUCUCAGUUUCUCUCUCGCUCUUCAUUCGCUCUCUCUCUCUCUCUCUUUCUGUAUUGCUCAGCAGCGAGAGAGCUCUCCAUCUGCAUUUGUUUUAAGUGUCUUUUGAAAGUUUAGGAUGGGUAAGGAAAAGGUUCACAUUAACAUUGUCGUCAUUGGACAUGUCGACUCUGGAAAGUCAACCACCACUGGUCACUUGAUCUACAAGCUUGGAGGUAUUGACAAGCGUGUGAUUGAAAGGUUCGAGAAGGAGGCUGCUGAAAUGAACAAGAGGUCAUUCAAAUAUGCCUGGGUGCUGGACAAACUCAAGGCUGAGCGUGAGCGUGGUAUUACCAUUGAUAUUGCCUUGUGGAAGUUUGAGACCACCAAGUACUACUGCACGGUCAUUGAUGCCCCUGGACAUCGUGACUUUAUCAAGAACAUGAUUACUGGUACCUCACAGGCUGAUUGUGCUGUGCUCAUCAUUGACUCUACCACUGGUGGUUUUGAAGCUGGUAUUUCCAAGGAUGGUCAGACCCGUGAGCAUGCUUUGCUUGCCUUCACCCUUGGUGUCAAGCAAAUGAUUUGCUGCUGCAACAAGAUGGAUGCCACCACUCCUAAAUAUUCUAAGGCAAGGUAUGAUGAAAUUGUCAAGGAAGUCUCUUCCUACUUGAAGAAGGUUGGAUACAACCCUGACAAAAUCAACUUCGUCCCAAUUUCUGGAUUUGAGGGAGACAACAUGAUCGAGAGGUCUACAAACCUUGACUGGUACAAGGGCCCAACUCUCCUUGAUGCUCUUGACCAGAUCCUAGAGCCCAAGAGACCCUCAGACAAGCCACUCCGUCUCCCACUCCAGGAUGUCUACAAGAUUGGUGGUAUUGGAACUGUUCCUGUUGGUCGUGUGGAAACUGGUGUCCUCAAGCCUGGUAUGGUGGUUACUUUUGGUCCAACAGGGUUGACAACUGAAGUUAAGUCUGUUGAGAUGCACCAUGAAGCCCUUCAGGAGGCUCUGCCUGGUGACAAUGUUGGGUUCAACGUUAAGAAUGUUGCUGUCAAGGAUCUUAAGCGUGGUUUUGUUGCCUCCAACUCUAAGGAUGACCCUGCCAAGGGAGCUUCCAGCUUUACCUCUCAGGUUAUCAUCAUGAACCACCCUGGCCAGAUAGGAAAUGGAUACGCUCCAGUGCUUGACUGCCACACCUGUCACAUUGCAGUCAAGUUUGCUGAACUUGUGACCAAGAUUGACAGACGAUCUGGUAAGGAGCUUGAGAAGGAGCCCAAGUUUUUGAAGAAUGGUGAUGCUGGUAUGGUUAAGAUGAUUCCCACCAAGCCCAUGGUUGUGGAGACUUUCUCUGAGUAUCCACCUCUUGGACGUUUUGCUGUGAGGGACAUGCGUCAAACUGUUGCUGUUGGUGUGAUCAAGAACGUUGACAAGAAGGAUCCAACUGGUGCCAAGGUCACCAAGGCUGCAGCCAAGAAGGGAGCCAAAUGAAAUGUGUUUAUGAGAUUUCGCUCUGAUGAACUAGUUUCUGUUACUUGCUUUAGUUAUUUUCGAUUUUCUUCUGGACAUCCUAGCAGUUUUGAAUAUUGCAGAGUGGAUUUCAUCACGGUUCUCUAGCCUUGCUUGUGAGGAUAGUGGAGAAAUCGAGCAAUCUGGGUGUGAACCUGGUUUGCUUGAUGACAGUGGUGGAGUCCAUUUCGAAGCUGUCAAUUGUUUUGGUUUCUAUAGGUUUAAAACAUAUGAUGAUGAGUUUUUACUCCUUGGUCGGUAAACAAUUUAAAGUUCAAUGUUUCGUCAUUCUUGUGCCUUGUGCUAUCA